AAUAUUGUUUUAAUAAUAAAGGCUUUUUCAAUUUUCAUGAAGGUAUGGAAGGUGACAACCCUGGCUCUGAGUCCUCAGUCGACAGUAUGGUGGAAAUGACUAACAAAAAGAGGAAAAAAUCUUCGAGUCGUAAAGGACGAGAAAAAGUAUUUAAUUCGACAAUCAAUAAUAUUAAGUCAGAAGAAUUCGAGGAACAAGAUUUACCAACAGUAACGAAGAUCUCCUCCUUAAAAAACAAAUCUUCACAACUUCAGAAUCCGAGUUUCCAAGAACAUAAAAAUGGUCACUCCAGCACUCAAAUUUCUAUCACAGAAGCUCAGACUACACCAAAACCACGAUCGGGAUCUCACCACAUAGCUCCUUACAAGCCCCGCGAAGCACGGCAAAACCAAGAUUUAGGAUACAUAACGGUCUUAAAGGAAAUCAAAUCAUUGCGUAUGGAUGUUCAAAGGUUAGCGGAGGGCCUAAAGGAAAUGAAAAAAAUUAUGGAAAUUGAUAGGAGUGAAAUAUACAUUGGCAAGAAGUCCUUCGAAGAGGAAUACAAUUUAAAGUUACCUCUCAACAGUCUAGAAGACUUCAAGCUUCUCGAUAGAGAACAUAAAAACAAUGAGGAAUGCUGUUGCCGUUUUAAAGCCUCUGUAGACUUAUCUAUGAGCCUUGAUGCAGGACUUCGAAAGUCCCUAAACAUUAUUUUAAAAACAUAUUUGGGCAGAGAUUUAAUUUUAAAGCUCACUGUAGUAAAAAAAGUUCAGGCAAGGAAGUGUUCAAGGAUUUUAAGUUCUACUCAUGCGUGCAUGCUGUUGCUUCUGCCAAAUUUGUUGCUACGGAAGAGGAAAUGGAUUCGCACAUUGGAACCAUUUUCAGCAAUGCGAAAGAUUGGGGUGGAAAUCGCCAAACAAGACGUGGUGUACGUUAAAGAGGACAGUCUUCUGAUUAUUCACGCAAAAUUCCAUUUGGAUCGGUAA